GUAUGCACGUACACACGCGCACAUCCACACGCGCGCGCGCAAUCUCACACGCGCGCCGUGCACAAACACACACACACACACACACACACGCGCUCUCUCUCUCCCGCGCGCGCGGCUCUUCUUAUUAGCGCUUCAUCUGCGCUUCUCCUCCAUCAUCAGCCUGCAGGAAUCAGAGAGAGAGAGAGAGAGAGAGAGAGAGAGGGAGAGAGAGUGUCUGAGGAAGAGGAGGAGGAAGAAGAGGAGAGGAUUCUGUCCGUUUUUUUUUUUUUUUGGAGGGAAGGUGAAAACAGCGCGCGCUAAAAACACACGGAAUGAUGGAAUAAAACGUCCGCGUGCGCAUCAAACACCGGGGGGAAGCUGACGGAGCUCAGUGAGGACGAUGUGGAUGGUGCAGUAACGUCAGCAUGAAGCUCUUCAGCGCUCUGCGUCAGGCCUCUCUCGUGCACCGCUAGGCCACACACACACACACACGCACACACACACACACACACACACACACACUGUAUCUCCAGUCCCUCCCCUUUUCCCACCACUACCCUUUACUUUGAUCCCCUCGAGACAGGAAGUAGGAACUUUCCUCCUCCGUACCCUCUUCACCCUUGGCCAUGUCUCUACCCUGCGACGGUGGACGCCGGCGUCCAUUUUCACGCCCUCGCCGUAAAUGGGACACGUGCUUGGUAUGGUUGUUGGGUUUGGCGCUCCGGUUGGCGCUCUCUUCGUGCCAGCGCUCGGAUUACAGCGCCUCCAAACACCCCAUCGUUUCCACCAGUUACGGGAAGAUCCGUGGCAUCCGGAAGGAGCUGAAUAACGAGAUCCUGGGCCCUGUGGAGCAGUUCCUCGGCGUUCCGUACGCCACGCCACCUGUCGGAGAUCGGCGCUUCCAGCCCCCCGAAGCGCCCGGAGCCUGGCACGACAUCCGGAACGCCACACGGUUCCCACCUGCGUGCCCGCAGAAUGUCCACGGAGCGCUGCCUGAAAUCAUGAUGCCUGUGUGGUUCACAGAGAACCUGGACGCUGCCGCUGCGUACCUGCAGGAUCAGAGCGAGGACUGUCUCUACCUCAACAUCUACGUCCCCACGGAGGACGGUCCACUCACUAAAAAACCUGACGAGUCGGCGACGAACAGGCCGAGGGACGAAGAUAUCCGAGAUCGGCGGAAGAAGCCGGUCAUGUUGUUCAUCCACGGUGGUUCGUAUAUGGAGGGAGCAGGAAGCAUGUUCGACGCGAGUGUCCUCGCCGCCUAUGGCAACGUCAUCGUCGUCACCAUGAACUACAGACUGGGGGUUCUGGGUUUCCUGAGCACCGGCGAUCAGGCAGCUAAAGGGAACUACGGCCUGCUGGAUCAAAUCCAGGCUCUGCGCUGGCUCAACGAAAACAUCGGCCAUUUUGGAGGCGACCACGAGAGGAUCACCAUCUUCGGCUCGGGCGCUGGAGCGUCCUGCGUCAACCUGCUCAUCCUGUCCCAUCACUCUGAAGGUCUGUUCCAGAGGGCGAUAGCCCAGAGUGGCUCUGCCAUCUCCAGCUGGUCCGUGAACUACCGCCCGCUCAUGUACACCAAGAUCCUGGCCAAGAAGGUGGGCUGCAGCUCCGGGGACGCAGCCGACAUGGUCAGCUGUCUGAGGAGGAAGAGCUUCCGAGAGCUGGUGGAUCAGGACAUUCAGCCUGCGCGCUAUCACAUCGCCUUCGGGCCCGUGGUAGACGGAGACGUGGUUCCUGAUGACCCUGAGAUCCUCAUGCAGCAGGGAGAGUUCCUAAACUAUGACAUCUUGUUGGGGGUGAAUCAAGGAGAAGGACUGAAGUUUGUGGAUGAUAGUGAAGGAGAGGACGGGAUUUCAGCUGCCACGUUUGACUACACCAUAUCCAACUUUGUGGACAACCUUUACGGAUACCCAAGUGAUAUCCUUCGCGAGACCAUAAAGUUCAUGUACACUGACUGGGCUGAUCGCGAUAACGGCGAUAUGAGGAGGAAGACUCUGCUUGCACUCUUCACAGAUCACCAGUGGGUGGCGCCAGCGGUGGCCACGGCCAAGCUGCACGCAGAGUUCCAGUCGCCAGUUUACUUCUACACUUUCCACCAUCACUGCCAGAUGGAGGGGCGACCGGAGUGGGCGGACGCUGCGCAUGGAGAUGAGAUUCCCUACGUCUUUGGAGUGCCCAUGGUGGGGGCCACCGACCUCUUUCCCUGCAACUUCUCCAAAAAUGACGUGAUGCUUAGCGCUGUCGUCAUGACCUACUGGACCAACUUUGCUAAAACAGGAGACCCAAACAUCCCUGUUCCCCAGGACACCAAGUUCAUCCACACAAAGCCAAACCGCUUCGAGGAGGUCGUGUGGACUAAAUUCAGCUCCAAGGACAAGCAGUACCUUCACAUUGGCCUGAAACCACGUGUACGAGACAACUACCGUGCCAACAAGGUGGCCUUCUGGCUCGAGCUGGUGCCACAUUUGCACACGCUACACGAGGAGAUCAUCAGACCUUCCGGCGCAACCCGCUUACCACCACCUGGCGGUGUCCCCCACAGACCUGGAUGGAAAAAUCCAGUGCUGAAUCCGAAUCAUCCCGGCACACGCCAACCCUCAGUUUCCUCCACGUACCCACCGGAUACAGACCCGGAAGGUUUGGAUCCGGAAGGUUCGGAGCGCCCACGCUUGUCUCCGUUCCCAGAGGCAGCACGUGAUUACUCGACAGAGCUGAGUGUGACAGUGGCUGUUGGUGCAUCUCUGCUCUUCCUGAAUGUCCUGGCGUUUGCGGCGCUCUACUACAAACGCGACAAGCGCCAUGAAAUGAUGCUGCUGCAACAGAGGCGACGCCAUCGGCGUCUCUCGCCCCAGCGCGGCACUGCUGGUGCCCCGAUUCCUGCGACAGCCAUCGCUGUGGGCAACGACCUAGAAGAGGAGCUCAUGUCACUGAGAAUGAAGCAACAGAGGGCUGAGUUGGACCUGGAGCCACUUCGAUGCCCGCCGGAUUACACACUGGCACUGAGGAGGGCGCCCGAUGACGUGCCACUCAUGAUGCCCAGCACCAUUAGCGCCAUGCACGCCUUUAAUACAUAUCCCCCUGCUCCUGGCCACACCCCAAAUCCAGGCCCUGCCCCUGGGUCCAGCUCUAGCUCUGUGCAUACCAACAAUGCUUUGCCCCAUCAGCACUCGACCACUCGUGUAUAGUACCUCGCCAAGCUCUCAACACACCUAAGGACUACCUGCGCCAAAUUUGGUGCUCUGCAGAGGUAACACAUUUUGUCCAGUUCGGGAAUGUCCAGGUCCAAUCUUGAGGUUCCGGAGUCCGGCACAGCUUGGUGAUAUCCGUGCUCAGAGGUAAACCAAACCGUACUGGACUCCAGAACUUCAGGAGGGGAGCGGGGAACCUAGCCUAGUGGUAGAGAGUCAAAGUCACUGGACUUGUGUCCUUCUCAGAGAUCUUGACCAGUCCAGAUUCCUUGACUUCCUCCUACUAGAUGAUUUAAUGACUUGGAGGACUGAAAACCUUUAUAGACAUCUACAACACAUUCUUUGUCUCGUUUAACUCCUCCAGUCAUCGUUUUCUCUCUUUUUUGGAAAACAAAAAGACUUUUAAGAUAAGAAACCGAGGAGGAACCACUCAGUUGACCAUCUUGUUCUCAACCUCCUCUCUACAAUCUCCUGCUUUGUAUUCUUUUCAACUGCGCUUGCUCUGUUGCGUUUUUCUCUCCAUCCUGUCUUUUUUGUCAUCUCUUUCACCUACUGCAGAACUCUGCUUUUUUUGCCUAAAAUGAACAUUUUUAUAAAUCGAGAGAACCUCUGUGUAAUAUGUACUAUCAAGAAACUUGUGAGGACAUGAAUGAGAAAAAGAAAAAGAUUUGAAUAUUUAGUUUUUACCAGCAUUUCUGUGCCAAGUACUGUGAUAUCCAUCCGAUCAGACUCCGAGUCGAGAGGACAGACUCGGAUCGGGAGCGCAUCCGAGGAUCGCAUUCAUGGAAUUUAGAAGAAGUCACUGAAAAAGUGCCAAAAUCUUGUUUGCUUUUAUUUUCUUCUCUCUCUCUCUCUCUCUCUCUCUCUCUCUUUUUCUCUCUUUUUGCCUCUUUCUUUUGCUUUUGCACUGUUGCUGGUCUGGGAUGAGAUUUGAAACUAUAAGCAGAAUAUCUAUAUUAAAGUCUAAAUAUAGAAUUAUGAAAAUUUAUAUCUUGUUUGCUCUCGGGGAAAAUUUGCAUGAUUUAUUUUUAAACAAAACAGACACGCGCACGAGAUUCCUCGUCUUGUUUUAUUAUCGCCGUACUUUUCUUUCAUGCUCUCGUUUUUUUUUGUUUUUUUUUAAUGUCUCCGCUAUAUUGUGCACUUCAUUCGGAGAUUAUUUUCCUUCUCUAGAGACUUAUCAGGAGCAAAUCAGGAAAAUGAAAACUGAUUAUGAUCAUAAUAAGAAAAAAAAGGAUGUAUAGAUCUCUUUUUGUUCAUUUAUCAAAAGCCGGAAAUCUCAGAACGCUGAGCAUCGAGGAAGGACUUAUCGACCCUCCAGCAUCCCUCCAUCUCUCUCUCUCUCUCUCUCUCUUUCUUUAUACUGUAUAUUCCACUACAUUUACAUUGAACUUGCACAAUAAGGAAUGAGAUCCCGUUCUUUCUCUUUUCUCUCAUGUUCAGUGUUUUCCUCUCAUCCCUGGUUCCCCUCUGAUUUCUACACUCGCGUGCAGUCAGGGUGCUAAAGAGGCUUCACGGAACGACGAGGAAUCCAUCGACAAGGAUCCAAAGUGGACGGAGGACAGAAUACUCGUUGAAUGACUAAAACUCGAACCGGGAUGGUGCGUCCUCGUUUCAUCGCUCGUCUCAUCAUCAUCUUUCUGUUCCCGUCUCGUUUCCGGAAAACACUCAGCGGACGGAUGGAUAUAAAAAUCUUGAGGGAAACAAAAAACAAACAAACAAACAAACGAACAAAAAAAUAAACAAAACCUACAAACUGUACAUUUUUUUGAAGUUGUACGAGAUGACACGGUCUUUGUAAAUAUUCUGUUUCGUUGUUUGGUUUUAAAGGUG